ACUUGAAAGUGCUCGGAAGUCGCCGGAUACACCGAAGCAUAUUAUAACUAAGCAAAUGUGAUUGGUAACUCAUUAAAAUUCAGCAUGGAAACUUUGUCUUAUACUCGCAUAUAUCGAGUCUGGUUGCUUCUGUUACUGCUGCUGAUGAUCACAAAAGUAUACGCCGUGUUGGCCACACCGCUGCCAGAUGAAAGUGCAACAUACUCGAAGACAGCUGCCACAAAUCACAGCGAGCCGAGCAAAACCAGCAACUAUUUUCUACACCAGCCUUACGGUCCAAAUACCUAUGCCUUUGGCUAUGAGAUUGAUGACGCGCAGACGGGCAACGUGCAGUUCCGAGAUGAGCGACGUUAUCUCAAUGGCAGCAUCGAGGGCAGCUAUGGCUAUGUGAGACCCGAUGCCCACAUCCAAGUGACACGCUACAAAGUCGAUGCCCAGAGCGGUUACUUGGCGCACACGCAAAGCUAUGCUCCGGGUGAACAGCAAGUGGCAACUAUUUGGCCAACAAAGCUGCCCGAGUUGUUCAAGGAUACACACAAAAUGGAGCCGCCUACGAAUGUGAGUUGGGAUGCCAAAAAUCACUUGAAUGUCAGCGUGGAUGAAGUCGAAGAUGAGAUUGCCAAGGAGCUGAGAGAACAGCAUGGCUUGGACCUAAAUCAUAUUAAUGUGGAGCAGGAUGUGCUGCAGCCAGCUGUGCUGGAUAUUGUGAAUGGCAAGACACCGCUAAAGCAGCAGCCGAAUGGCAGUUUGGCCUUUGAAACGCUGCACAAUUUUAUACCCAAUAAUUUGCCGCUUGUGCCAUUCGAAUUGCCAGCCCAAGAACUGUUAACCAAGUCAACAACAUCAGCAACAACAUUACCAGAGUCACCAAUGCUUGGCAAGUACGACAAAGCCAAGAGCAAUAAUGAUGAAAAGGCACCUCAAGUGGCCCCCUUAGCUAAGGUCUCCACAGUGCCACCUCCGCCCAGGCCAUUGGUCAAUAGCAGCAACAGCAACAAGAGCUCGAAUUGGUACAAGCAAAUCAUUCAAGCAAAUCGUCGUGAAUUCCUUGAGCAUUUACCAAAUUUGAAUAAAGUAAAUGCUUGAGAUAAAGACCCAAAGUUAUCGGCGGCACACUAAAUUAUACACAUUGAAAGAGAAUCACAAGUGCCUGCCUGCCUGCCCCACUAUGUCUAUAUAGUCUCUAUAGUAGCUGUGCCGACACGCCCCUUUUAACGUCUAAUAAAUAUUAGGUAAGCAGCAACGGCCCCGUCAUAAAAUCUUUCACUUUUCAUUGGUAAAAGUCAGCGACUCAUGAGUAACUUUAAUGACUUUGAUUUGCGUAAGUCUAAGUAGUUCAAACAAGAAUUCCAAAUAAAAAAAUGCGCUUAAAAGCAUAGAUAAAUGGCUUCAUUUUGUGGCACAAUUCGUGUAUCUUCCGGGUUGGUGGAAAAUUGGAGCAACCGAAUAUCGACUAUAAAUUUAAUGGUUAAACAAAGUCUUGGGCUUGCUAUUAUUAUUCAACAAUCGCCGCCUUUGAAGUGUAAGAGCACAACAAUUUAUGGGUUAAACGUUUUGUGGGUGAUAAACAGGUUUCCCUUGGGAUUACCAGCAAUCUGCACUCGCACUUGUAUUUCAAUUUUUGUAUCAUCAGGAAGCCAAUAAAUCUUUCUCUCUCACCUUUUCUCUCUCUCUCUUAUUGGUUUGCCAACACAAUAAAAAUCGCUAAACGGAAGGAAA